AUGUCGUCUUCCUCGCUUCGAGUUUUAGCUAUUGGGAGCAACCCGAACAUCUUAUUCUAUACUUCAAGGUUUCAACUGGCCAAGAACACGGAACUUUACCACGUUAACGAUUCAAAAUCAUGCCAGUUUGAAAUUGAAACCGAAUACUAUGGUAAAGAACAGUUCGAAUUGGAAAACCAUUUCACUUCUAUUGAGCACUUGACUGAGGCUUUAAAUUCGAAGUCCAGUGGGCUCGUUUUUGAUAUAAUCAUCAUGAGUGCUUCCUCCCUGCAGAAAUUGUCCUCGUUGGCAUCCAAAUUGGCUACCAUAAUCAAUUCAAACACCAAAAUUUUUUUAGAAAGCAGUGGUUUCAUCCAAUUAGAACCCUUUGUCAAGUUGUCCAUGGAUUCUCCGCAUAUGAAUGUUUUCAGUAUUUUAACCGAUUUGGACAUUCGUCAAGUUGGUCCAAACCAAUUUAAACAUUUUCCUAGCACUACAAAAGAGAAUACGAUUUACCUCGGUGAAAGCAAAUCUAACACCGAGAAAUACUCAACCAGUGUUAUAACAUUAUUGACCACUUUUGAAAAACUAUUUGCUAAAUUGUUUUCCAACAUAAAAAUCAAUUUGUGCAAUUUUUCGUCAAUUGAAUUUUUAUCACAACAAUGGAAAUUGGCAAUAUCCAGAAUUUGUUUUGACCCAUUGCUAAUUAUGUUUGAACAAGAAAACCCCAGUGAUUUAGACCAGCAGAUCAUCGCCAAACCAUUAAUAUCUGGGUUGGUGACUGAGAUCAUUACUGUAGCAAAGACGAUGGGUGCAAGAUUGAACAGUAGCUAUGAUAAUGAAAACAGUCUUUUAUCUUUGUGGAAGGAUUCUUACCAAUCUGCUAAUAAGCCACCUGCGUUGGUUUACCAUUUCAUACAUCAAACAACGCCUUUAAAUAUCGAUAUCCUAUUGUUACAAACUAUUUUAUUGGCUGAUGAUUUUGGUAUCAAGACUCCGUACUUAGAAUUCUUGUACUCUGUCUUGUCCCAAUUUGAAAGGUUAAAUAAUGGUAAAUCGAAAUGGUUUAUCAGAUCAGAUGAGAAAGCCCAAGUUUUACAGAGUUUACAAAAAUCUCAGAAAAAUGAAUCAGUUUUACAGAAUCAAAUUUCAACCUUACAGAGUCAAAUUAGUAAGUUAAGGCAAGAGUUACUCAUGCAAGCCAAGCAACAUGAAGUGGAGACCAAAGAGCUAAAGGAGAAGCACAACGUUGCUCUCAAGGCUCAAGCUGAAGCUCAAGCUGAAGCUCGAACUCAAAUAUCAAAUGAAAUCGUAACUCCAACUGAAGCAACAAACCAAUCUAAUGGUAACGAGUACAAGGCAACAGGAACUCCAAAUUUGAGGGAUAUCGAAGAUAUGGCAUUAUAUAGUGUAAACUACGGUGAUUCUCCUGUGAGGUCUGUGCCAGUUGCGGUGACCUCUCAACAACAGAUCAAUUCGCCCUUAUCCUCCCACUCACAAACAUUUGGAGACAACAAUGGAUCAAAUGAUAAAUUACUGCAAGAACGGGAAUUGCAACUUCGUAAAAAGGAAUUAGAGCUACAAGAACGUGAAUUGGAGUUUCAGAAAAGGGCAUUGCAACAAAGAUUUAAUAAUAAUAGUAAUAGCUCAAUUUCAGUAAAACCAUCUUUCCCUCAACUACAACAGUCUGCAAACAUUCGUUCCAAUAGUAGAGGAAUGCACGGCACUAACGGACCUAUCCCUCAACCUGCAUCUGCCGGAAACUUUGUAGAUCCGAUUUCCACAAGUAUGGCUUCAUAUGAUCCGCAACAACCCCCUGUACAACCUAUUCAGCAGCAACAGCAGUCGGCGCAAGUACAGUCUUUCCAUUCACACUCUAUCAAACCAACAAGUAGGAAGAAUAGAAAUAGUAAUAUGCCUAAUAUUGGUAAUCCCUCCAGUAUAAACAUGACUGACUUUGGCAGGCCACCCAACAAUUCAAGUCAAACUCGUUUAAAUUCGAUGCCAACACAUAGUAUUGUAAACCAAAAUAGAUUGAGAUCACAACAAUCCAAAAACAAACUUAAUAUGCCGCAUGUUACUAAACCAAACAAUACAUCUAGCCAACUUCCUGCAGCCAAUUUAAAUAACCAUGUUCCCACACAAAGGCAGUUCAGCUCGAGCACCAUGAUAGAGAUAACCAAUAAUACUAAUAAAGUUAAUAACAGUAGUAGUAACCCAGAUAUUUCUACUAACUCAGUGGUUCAUAAUGCAAUGCAGUUUACAAAUGCAACCAAUAACACGAGCAGCACUGUGGAUAUAAAUGAUCCUAAAAAUAUGGUGGCUCCUCCUACAAGCUCAGUCUCAGCCCCAAGCACUCCAACCUUAUCUUCCGCAAGCCAAAUGGCAGAAAUGACUUCACCUAAUGCGAAUAAUGCUGAUGAGGAGGAAAAAGCUGGCGGUAAAAAAAAGAGGUUUGGAUUAUUUAAAAAGAAAAAUAAAUCAAAGAAAUAA